AUGAGCAGGCCAACACCGCGUAAGGCGCGGCACAACCGUCAGCCAUCGAACCGAAUACCUGCCAUCUCAGACUACGAAUCCGAUGCGGCCGCCUAUUCAGCCGUGCACGCCGACUACGCACCGCCUCCCCCACGUACAAACACCGAGCUCAACCUCUCUGUCCUCCAGCGCUACCUCCCCUCCAUCCACACCAUCCUCAGCAUAGCGGCCAACGCCGUCAUCUACACCUUUAACAGCGCAUCAGGGGGGUGGGAGAAGUCUGGUGUUGAGGGCACCAUGUUUGUCUGUGCCCAGUCGCCGCUACCUGAGGACCCUGGCCAGCGACCCAGAGCUUGCGUUUUUGUGUUGAGCAGAAGAGGGCUGGACAAUGUUAUAGUGGAUCUUUCGAGGGUAUCACACGCUGAAGUCUCUGGCGAGCUCGUCAUUAUGAAGGUCGAGGGCGACUGGGAGGAAGGCGACAAGGUGCUAGGAGUGUGGAUUCACAAUGACAAGGAUGAGACGAGAGAGAUGAAUGCCGCCAUGAUCCAGGAGGCUUGGAAGAUUGCCCGGUCUGCUGGACCUAUCGAGACACAAGGGCCCGAGGCUGGCCCAGCUAUGCAGGCGAUGGGGAGGAGGCUGAGCAUCAGCGAUCUGUUUGGGUCAGCGGGUGGUGGUCCAGCUGUUGGUCAAUAG